AUGCCACCUCUUCUUCUUCCUCCUCCCUCCUUCCUCCUAAUCUCCACUCUUCUUCUCCUCUCUCUCCAAAUCUGUAAAACCCUAAACCUCUCAGAAAAAGAAACCCUCUUCUCCAUUAUGGAAUCCAUCUCCUCUGAUAAAGACUGGAGAUCCUUCAGCCCUGAACCCUGCAAUCCAAGCUCUUCAUGGCCUGGAAUGGAGUGCAAGCCUGGUUCAGACAACCUUCUCCAUGUAACCAAACUUGUCUUUGGAACUCCUCCUAACCCAACUUGCAUGAACUCUGCAACUUUCCCUUCUCAAAUCUUCAACCUUCCAUUUCUCCAAUCCAUUCACUUCGUCAGCUGCUUCAAAACCAAGAAGACAACUCUGUUCUUCCCUAACUCGCCAUCUUCUUCUCUCAAACAACUCAGUUUCAGAUCAAAUCCUGCUCUUAUCAGCCUCAUACCACCUCAGAUUUCCUCUCUCAAAUCACUCCAAGUUCUCACUCUUUCACAGAACCAUCUGUAUGGAAAGAUCCCAGACUCUAUUUCUUCUCUGAACUCACUGAUUCAUCUUGACCUGAGCUACAACAAGUUAACUGGAAGAAUCCCAGCAGAAAUAUGGAGACUGAACAACCUUGUUGAUCUAGAUUUGAGCUAUAACUCUCUUACAGGACCAAUCCCACCAUCAAUUGGAGAACUGGUUAAGCUUCAAAACCUCGACUUGAGUUCAAAUUCACUAACGGAAACCAUUCCAGAGAGUGUGGAGAAGCUAAAGAUUCUAACUUUCCUUGCUUUAAGCGACAAUAAGCUUAGUGGAUAUGAUCCUAAUGGAGUUGCCAAACUUCAGAAGCUUGAAUACUUGAUCAUGGAAGGCAAUCCAAUGUUCAUUCCAUUGCCGCCGGAGCUCGGGAGGCUGCCGAGGCUUCAGGAACUGAGACUGGGGAGCUCAGGCUACUCAGGGAUGAUACCAAAGAGCUUCUGUUGGUUAAAGAAUCUGACCAGUCUGUCUCUUGAGAACAAUAAUCUCAGUGGUGAAAUACCUCCUGAGUUUAAUGGACUUAGAAAAAUUUAUCACUUGAAUCUGAGUAGAAACUUGCUUAGUGGAGUUGUUCCUUUCAGUUCUGAGUUUUUUAGAAGGCUUGGGAGGAAUUUGGAUCUGAGUGGGAAUGCUAGACUUUGUGUGAAUGAGCAUGAAGGAUUGAAUGAGAAUGUUGGGGUUGGAGUAUGUGGAAGUAAUGGGUCUUCUUCUGUUGAUUCUGAUGAGAUGAGGAAGCCAUUGGAGAGCUCUGAAGCUGCUUCCUUAGCUUUGGGGAUCUGGUCAUGGCGUUCAGGGGCUGGGUUUAUGGGUUUCAGUGCUGUGUACUUUUGUCUUUGGAGUUCCUAG